CUUAAAAGUAACCCGCCAUUCAUGAUGUCUAAGGAUCAUUUUCCCUUUCUGUUCCUUCACGACUACUAUCUACAUUUAUAUAUUAUUUCCUACAGCUGUAGAGAAAUAUACUUGAACCAUGUCGGCACUUUUUAGCCAUAUCCCGCCCACUGCGAGGGUGACCCCGUCCGUCUUCACAGCUUCUAUCUCCCAAGAACAGCUUGCCGAGCUCCAGACGUUGGUGAAAGUGGGGAAGAUAGCCCCUCCGACUUACGAGAAUUCGCAGCCGGGCUUCGGCAUCACCUCCAACUGGCUGACUGCGAUCCGAGAAAAAUGGAUCAAUGACUUUGACUGGAAGAAAUGUGAAGCACGGAUCAAUAGCUUCCCUCAAUUCACAGCCAAGAUCGAAGACAUUGAGCUACAUUUUGCUGCUCUCUUUUCUGAGAAGACUGAUGCAGUGCCCAUUGUCCUACUUCAUGGAUGGCCUGGAAGCUUUCUGGAAUUUCUCCCGCUGCUACAGUUGUUCCGGGACGAGUUCACACCGAGCACCUUGCCCUAUCACCUCAUAGUCCCUUCCCUACCGGGCUAUGGCUUCUCCUCCAGCCCGCCAGUGGAUAAAAAUUUUACCACUCAUGAUGUCGCUCGAGUCAUAGAUACCUUGAUGAAGAACCUCGGGUUCGAAAGCGGGUACGUCGCUCAAGGAGGCGACAUUGGAGCCCGAGUGUCCAGACACUUGGCAGUGAACUAUGAUAGCUGCAAAGCGGUACACUUGAACUUCUGCCCGAUAGUUACGCCGCCCAAGGGAGUUUCAACUGAGAACCUCACGGAUUUUGAGAAGAAAGGAUUGGCUCGGAAAGAGGAGUUCAUGACCCUGGGCGUCGCGUAUGCCUUCGAACAUGGUACUAAGACAAGUACCAUUGGCCAUGUCCUGUCUUCAAGCCCACUUGCCUUGCUCGCAUGGUGCGGAGAGAAACUCCUUACCUGGGUGGAAGAGCCCCUCCCCUCCGAGACCAUUUUGGAGCUCGUCUCGUUGUAUUGGCUGACCGAGACAUUUCCACGGGCAAUUUACCCUUACCGCGAGGAGUUUCCCCUGUCCCCCGAGCGGAACGCUCUGAAGUACAUCCAGAAACCAUUUGGAUAUUCCUAUUUCCCCUACGAACUGUUUCCCGUUCCCAAGGCCUGGGUAGAGACCACGGGGAACUUGGUCUUUUGGAGGGAGCACCAAAAGGGAGGGCACUUCGCAGCUCUUGAGAAGCCAAGGGAGCUGAAAGCUGACUUGAUGGAGUUUGUGGAGCAGGUUUGGCACCACAAAUAGAGGUGGAAGAAGCACCCAUCCAUGAGGGAUUAAACAUAUAUCUUAUAUAGCUAUGGUAGACUGUCAUGUCACAAAUAUGUGCUGUACUUUGAUUACCCAGCAGCUCGGCGCAAGAUCUCUUCAAACAGUAUAUUUCUCAGUUUGAUAAAGAGGUCAAACAAGGCGUUAUAUUAACUUAAAUAGCAACAAAUCAUAACUCUCUAAAUAUAAA